AUGGCGCCUGGCCUCCUCGCUGCCGCCGCCGCCGUGCUGGCCGCAGUGGCGUCGCUCGCGACCCACGUCGCGGUCAACUGCCCCGUGCAGCCCGUGCCGUCGCCUCCGCCUCCGCCCACUCCGCCCCCCAACAACCUACUCCAGGUAACGAAUCGUCCCGAAAGAAAAAUCCUCGUUGCCCGUCCAUUGUUCUUGCCGAUUCGUGCGCAGGCUGGAGAAGCUGGGGGAAGGGGCGCUGGACGCGCCGGAGGACGUGUACGUGGACGCGGCGGCGGGCGGCGGGCGGUGUACACGGCCACUAGGGACGGGUGGCUGCAGCGGAUGCACCCGAACAACGGGUCCUGGGAACGGUGGCGCUUCGUCGGCGGCACGGGGCUGCUCGGGAUCACGCCGUCCGCCGACGGCACCAUGCUCGUCUGCGACGCCGACAAGGGACUUUUGAGAGUCGGGGAGGAAGGAGUGACCCUUCUUGCUUCGGAGGUCGAGGGCUCCACCAUCAGGUUCGCGGACGCGGCAAUCGAAGCCUCCGACGGCACGGUCUACUUCAGCGACGCCAGCACUAGGUUCGGCUUCGACAGGUGGUUCCACGACUUCGUAGAGGCCAGUGCCACCGGCCGCCUCCUCCGGUACGACCCGCGCAGCGGCGAGACGUCCGUCGUGCUCGACCGACUCGGCUUCGCCAACGGCGUCGCCCUGCCGAGGGACGAGGCCUUCGUGGUCGUCUGCGAGUCCACCAGGUUCAGGUGCAUGAAAGUGUGGCUGAAAGGGGAGAAGGUCGGCACGGCAGAGACGUUCGUUGACCUUCCGGGGAGUCCGGAUAACAUUCGUCUCGGGUCAGACGGCCACUUCUGGAUUGCCGUCCUCCAGCUGAGGUCGCCAUGGCUGGACUUCAUCAGCCGCUGGACCUUCACGAAGAGAGUGGUGGCUUCGUUCCCCGGGCUCCUCGAGUGGAGCAAGGGAACGGCAAAGGGAGCCAUGGUGGCUCAGGUGUCGGAGGAUGGCAACAUCGUCCGCGUGCUUGACGACGCCGAAGGGAAGGUGAUCAACUUCGUCACAUCGGUGACGGAGUUCAACGGGGACAUCUUCCUUGGCAGCCUCUCGGCCAACUUCGUCGGGAAACUAUCUCUGGCGCAGGUGGCACAGCAGGAGCAGGGAGCAGCAUCUUCGUAG